AUGGCUCCGCUACUGGGCCGAAAACCCUACCCGCUGGUGAAGGCGCUAGCUGAGCCACCAGGCCCGGGAGAGGAGGUCUUCACCAUCGAGCACACGAAGGAGGCCUUCAGGAACAAAGAGGAAUAUGAAGCACGUUUAGAGCAGUAUAGUGAGCGCAUCUGGACUUGCAAAAGCACUGGGAGCUUCCAGUUAACACACAAAGAGGCAUGGGAGGAGGAACAGGAGGUUACUGAACUGCUUCAGGAAGAAUAUCCCACAUGGUUUGAGAAACCGAUCUUGGAGAUGGUCCAUCACAACACUGUGUCUUUGGACAAAUUGGUGGAAAUGGCGUGGACCGAAAUUCUAACAAAAUAUGCUGUUGCUGAGGAGUGUGAUUUCCUGGUGGGGAAAGACAAAAGUUUGAGAGUAAAUGUGAUCAAAAUUCACCCGUUGGAGAAUCCAGAAGUGGAAAUGAGUGAUAAAAAGCUUGAAGGUGCUUGUGAUUCGCCAUCUAGUGACAAGGAGAAUGCCAGUCAGGAGAAUCAGAGGAAAGAGAUUCCAUCUCGUGAAGAGGAGAUUCGGAGGGAAAGCCUGAGUGACCGGUCUCGUCGGUCGCCGAGAAAAGCUCCAGCUUCGGCUAAAGAAGAGAAAAAGAAAUGGGUAAUGCCCAAGUUCCUCCCUCACAAAUAUGACGUGAAGCUAAUCAACGAAGACAAGGUGAUCAGUGAUGUUCCGGUGGAUAGUCUGUUCAGGACGGAGCGCCCGCCAACCAAAGAAAUCAUUCGCUAUUUCAUACGGCACCAUUCUAUGAGGUUGGGCACAAGUGACAGUGCUCCUUGGGUAGUUGAGGAUGAAAUGGUGAAAAAGUUUAGUCUGCCAAGUAAAUUUAGUGACUUUCUCCUUGAUCCACAAAAGUUCUUGGCACAAAAUUCAUCUACAAAAAGAAAGAGCUUGACAUCCCCAGAUGGAAAACCAAACAAGAAGUUGAAGUCGGAUGAUUCAGCAAAGAAAAAGGGAAAGACACCCCUCAGCCCUACUAUUUUGGGUCAGAUGCAGAAAAAUAAUGUGAAUGGAUCUCCAUUUAACGUUAAAAACUCAGGUACUCCUAAAAAAGAUGAAAAAUGUCCUUCCACUCCAAAAUCAGGGAAAAACAAGAAAGAUGGAAAGAAACCUGCAAAAAACAUCCUGAAGGACUCUAAGGACGGUAAAGCAGGAUCGAAAACCUCAAAGAUGAAGCAAAUGACACUGCUACAUCUUGCCAAAAGUACACCUGUUGGAAGUCCAAAGAAAAGGCCUCGCUCUGUCGGAGCAAGUCCCAAACAUAGUAAGCCAUUACCUCACGUUGCUCUGCGGCUUUUAAGCUACUACAAGAAAAAUAAAGGUAAAGAGGACAAGAAACACUUCCUCUCUUCACUUAUUUGUAUGGCUGCCAAAACGUUGACUGAAGAAGAACAGAACAGAUUGCCUGAGGAGCUUAAGGAUUUGGUCCAGAAGCGUUGCGAGCUGUUGGAGAAAAAGAAGCGCCGGGCUGCCAUGACUGAGGAAGAGAAGAAAGAAGAAAUGAAGAAGAAACGACAAGAACUUAAUGAGAAGUUGCGAGAAAAAGCCAAAGAGAGACGUGAAGAAGAAUCCCGUAGAUUUGAAGACCAGGAGAUCGAGGAUGGCAAGGCACUGCCUGCAUUUAAACUUGUGGACAUGCCAGAAGGCUUGCCGAACGCUCUCUUCGGCGAGAUUGCAAUGGUUGUGGACUUCCUCAGUUGCUAUGCGGGGCUUCUGAUGCCGGAUGACCAGUAUCCAAUAACGGCUGAAGCCCUGAUGGAAGCUCUGGCGGGGGAAGCUUCUGGAUUUCUGUACUUGAAUCGUGUGCUGGUGGUUUUGCUCCAAACUCUUCUCCAGGAUGAACUGGCAGAAGGUUACAGUGAGCUGGACAUGUCCUUGUCAGAAAUCCCCCUCACCUUGCACUCUGCUUCAGAACUGGCCCGUUUGUGCCUGCGCCCGACAGAUUCUCACGGAGAGGAGAGCAACCAGGGCUCUGAGGACUCUGCCACGGUGUCUGGAUACGACGAUGUGGUGAGCAGUGAGUUCUUGGAAAAGCUGGACACGGUGGAAGUGUUUGAACUCAGCCCAGGGGAGAAAGUCAACCUCCUGAUAGGACUGUGUCACCGCAUCCUCAUGACCUACUCGGUCGAGGAUCACGUCGACACAAUGCAGCAACGGACAGCGGAAUUGUGGAAGGAACGUCUGGCGAUGCUCAAACAGGCCAACAAACAAAAGAGAGCGGAGAAGGAACAGCGCAAACAAUUGAAAGACAAAGGUAAACAAAAUGGAACAGAACAACUGGACAAGAAAAAAGAGGCUGCUAACAAGAAUGACAGCAAAAGUCCUGUGAAACCUGAGCCUCAGCCAGAGGACCUGAUCAGUUUAGUGAAGAGCAGGAGGCUGAUGUCUGCACAGGCCAAGAAGGAAAAGGAAGAAAUGGAUCGCCUGAAGAAAGAACGCAUUGAGAAGGAGUUAGAAGAGGAACGAGUGCACAGACAAAGGGCUGCUGUGGAGAAGGCGUUCAAGGAAGGCAUUGCCAAAGCCAAACUUGUAUUACGCAGAACGCCUCUGGGGACGGACAGAAACCACAACAGAUACUGGCUGUUCUCUGAUGUGGUGCCUGGACUAUACAUUGAAAAGGGCUGGGUAAAUGACAGCAUUGACUACAGCUUCACUCCUCCUGAAGAACAACAUGGUGACGCUGUAGGCAAGCAGGACACGGAACCCGAUAAACCCAAGGAUUCACUAGAUGAAAAAGAUGACGGCAGCGUAGAUGGGGCUGUUACAGAGGCUGAACCUGCUGCUGAGAUCUGUUUGGAAACAACCACCCCGAAGCCAGGCCAAAAUCUAUGGUUUGUCUGUGACAGUCCUGCUGAACUUGAAGAGCUGGUGGAGAGUCUUCAUCCUAAAGGAGCCAGAGAGAGUGUUCUGAAAGCACAGAUUCAAAAAAGUUACCAGGAUAUCCUCCACUCUAUCUAUCUGACUCGCAAAGGGAAGCCCGGCCUGCGGACAUGUGACGGUCACGAAGAGCUGCUCAAGUACAUGCGCAGUGAUAUCCUGGAGGUGGCCUCGCGACUUCAGAAAGGAGGCCUUGGCUACUUUGAAGAUGAUGUUGACAUUGAAAAUCAGUUGGAAAAGAUUGAAAACCUCAAAGAGUUUGGCGAGCUGAUUAUUACAGUUCAGUCAUGUGUCAUCAAGAAGUUCCUGCAAGGUUUCAUGGCCCCAAAACAGAAGAAGAAGAAGAAGCAGCAAGAUACUGAGGAAAACAAGGUGGAAGAAGUAAACGAGGACAAGAAACUGGCUGAAGAGGCCCGGGUGGCUUCUGCAGUUGAAAAGUGGAAGGCUGCAAUCCGGGAAGCACAGACCUUUUCCAGGAUGCAUGUCCUUUUGGGAAUGUUGGAUUCUUGCAUCAAGUGGGAUAUGUCUGCUGAGAAUUCCCGCUGUAAAGUCUGCCGCAGGAAAGGUGAUGACGAGAAGCUCAUCCUCUGUGACGAGUGCAACAAGGCCUUCCAUCUGUUUUGCUUGAGGCCAGCGCUGUAUCGCAUCCCGGUCGGUGAGUGGCUGUGCCCAGCCUGCCAACCCACUCUGGCUCCAAGGAAAGGCUCCCGCUCCAGAAACUAUAAUGAGAAUGGAGAGGAAGAUGAUGAGGAAGAGUCUGAAGAGGACUCUUCUGAGGAGGAAGAGGAUGAUGACGAGGACAGAGACUUCAAGAUGGGCCACAGCCUACGACCAAGAAAGAAAACUAAACGGCCUUCAUCUCGAUCAAAAAGUUCAAAAAGUAAACCCAAGAAGUCCAGUAGUGCCAAGAAAAAGUCUGGUCCCAACAGUCCUGCAGACAUUGACGAACUGGUUCGCCAAAGCUCUCACACUGGAGCCCGUAGGCAACGACUCGAGCUAGAAAAAUGUGAGGAAAUCCUCAAGAAGUUGGCAAAGUUUCGUUACAGUUGGCCUUUCAGGGAGCCUGUGUCUGCAGAAGAGGCUGAGGACUACUUGGAGAUCAUCUCUCAGCCCAUGGAUUUCCAGACGAUGUUUGGGAAGUUCAGUGAAGGUUCUUACCGCAACACGCAGGAGUUUGUGGAGGAUCUGAAGCUCGUCUUCUGCAACGCCGAAGAGUACAAUCAACAGGGCAGCACUGUGCUCGGCUGUCUGGCCAAAACAGAGCAGUCCUUCACAGAGCUCCUGCAGAAGAUGCUGCCUGGUGUCAACUACCUCCGCAGGCACUCUCGCAAACGGGUGACCAAAGCUCCUGAGUCGUCUGAAGAGGAGGAUGAGGAUGAUGAUGAUGAAGAAGAGGAAGAUGAUGAGGAAGAGGAGGAAGAAGAGCCCCCUCUAAAGAAGAUUCAAAGUAGAAAGGCCAAUGGGAAGAGGCGUAGGGGCAGGAAACGCGAGCAGAGUGAAGAGGAGGAGGAGGAAGAGGAGGAAGAGCCCCCUCCAAAGAAGAUGCAAAGUAGAAAGGCCAAUGGGAAGAGGAGUAGGGGAAGGAAACGCGAGCAGAGUGAAGAAGAGGAAGAGGAGGAGGAAGAGGAGGAGGAGGAGGAAGAGGAGGAAGAGCCCCCUCCAAAGAAGAUGCAAAGUAGAAAGGCCAAUGGGAAGAGGAGUAGGGGAAGGAAACGCGAGCAGAGUGAAGAAGAGGAGGAGGAAGAGGAGGAGGAAGAGGAGGAGGAAGAGGAGGAGGAAGAGGAGGAAGAGCCCCCUCCAAAGAAGAUGCAAAGUAGAAAGGCCAAUGGGAAGAGGAGUAGGGGAAGGAAACGCGAGCAGAGUGAAGAAGAGGAAGAGGAAGAGGAGGAGGAGGAGGAGGAGGAAGAGCCCCCUCCAAAGAAGAUGCAAAGUAGAAAGGCCAAUGGGAAGAGGAGUAGGGGAAGGAAACGCGAGCAGAGUGAAGAAGAGGAGGAGGAGGAGGAGGAGGAGGACACGGGUAAGAGGAGGAGUGGACGGAACUCUGGGAAGAAGAGGUACCGGGAACAGGACAGUGACGAGGAGCGGAACCCCCGCAGAACUCGUAAAGUAGCAGCUCGUGGGGGCGCCAGCAAGGACAAGGGGCGCCCCAGCCACCGACAUUCCAAGAGGCUCAGGCGCUAA